AUGGAAAAUUGCUCAUCACUUCCAGAAUUCCAUAUUGUGGCUUUUUCUACUUCAGCAGCAUUUGAUUCAUUUUUUCUCAUUGUAUUUCAUUUAUUAUAUCUGACGAGUCUGAUAGCAAACUCUGUUAUAAUAACAGUCAUAUAUAUGGAUCAACAUUUACACACCCCAAUGUAUUUAUUUCUGAGUAAUCUGUCCCUGAUAGAUCUGUGUUACACAACAGUCACGGUCCCUAAGCUGCUGGACAUGUUACUAUCUGGGCAUUACACAGUGUCCUUCAUAAAGUGCUUUACCCAGAUGUAUUUUUUUGAUGUAUUUGGCAUCACAGAAUAUCUCCUUUUAUCUGCAAUGGCCUAUGACAGGUAUGUUGCUAUAUGUAAACCCUUACACUAUCACCAUAUCUUCAGCAGGAAACUUUGUGUACAACUCAUUACUGCCGUAUGGAUAUCUGGUUCUUUAAAUUCUAUUUUAGUUACAUUAUCAGCCACAAAUAUGUCUUUCUGUAACUCAUACAUAAUCCACCGAUUCUUCUGUGAUGCCAAAUCUCUCAUGGAAAUUGCAAGCGCCAAUCAGGAAAUGUUUUUUAUAGUGGUAUAUAUAGAAUUACUGGUAUUUGGAUCCUGCCCAUUCUUCUGCAGUUUAUUGUCUUAUAUUAAAAUAAUUAGCGCCAUCCUGAAGAUUAAAUCCAAAGAUGGCCAGAGAAAAGCCUUCUCCACCUGCUCAUCCCACCUCACAGUACUCACUAUAUUUUAUGGGACAAGUACCUCUGUCUUUUUGAUGCCACCAUCAGACCACUACAAAGUCCAGGAGCAGAUCUUCACUGUACUGUACACUGUGGUUACACCCAUGCUAAACCCUCUGAUAUACAGUCUACAGAAUAAAGAUGUAAAGAGGGCACUAAAAAGAUCCAUUAGGUUAAAAGUAAAAUCAUUAAUUCAAGUAAUUGAAAAUAAUUAA